CUUUGGAGCAGUGAGAGGGUUGAACUAUCUGCAUCAAAAUGGCUGUAUUCAUAGGAUUUACAUGGGUAUAAUGUGAAGUCAGAUAUUUACAGUGUUGGAAUUACAGCAUGUGAAUUAGCCAGUGGGAAGGUACCUUUCCAGAACAUGCACAGUACUCAGAUGCUGUUACAGAAACUGAAAGGUCCUCCUUGUAGCCCAUUGGAUAUCAGUAUUUUCCCUCAGUCAGAAUCCAGAAUGAAAAGUUCCCAAUCAGGUGUAGACUCUGGGAUUGGGGAGAGUGUACUUGUCUCCAGUGGAACUCAGCCAGUAAAUAGUGACCGAUUACAUACGCCAUCCUCAAAAACCUUCUCUCCUGCCUUCUUUAGCUUGGUACAGCUCUGUUUGCAACAAGAUCCUGAGAAAAGGCCAUCAGCAAGCAGUUUAUUGUCUCAUGUUUUCUUCAAACAGAUGAAAGAAGAAAGCCAGGAUUCAAUACUUUCACUGUUGCCUCCUGCUUAUAACAAGCCAUCAGUAUCACUGCCUCCGGUGUUACCUUGGACUGAACCAGAAUGCGAUUUUCCUGAUGGAAAAGGCUCAAUCUGGGAAUUCUAGGGCUGCCAAAUCUUUUUAUGUCCUAUAUACUUGACACUUUCUCCUUGCUGCUUUUUCUUCUGUAUUGUUAGGUACAAAUACCAGAAUUAUACUUGAAAAUACAGUUGGUGCACUGGAGAAUUAUUUAAAACCACUCUGUUUAAAGGGGCAUGAGUUUAUAGCCCCUCCGUUGGGCUCAGAGUGCUAUCAGAACUCCAGGGAAACGUUAGAUUUAUUGAUCUAGCCACAGUUAGUGUCAUCUGUUCUUGACUUUUUUUUUCCCCCCAAGAUGUGACUAACUCCUCUCUUGAUCUCUCAAUAUAAUUUUUGAGCCAGUUAAUAUUUUUGGCAUUUUGCUGUCCUCUUGGGAUGAGCCAUCAGAGGACUGUACUUCCAAAUACAUCUUUUUCUUCCAGAUUCUCUAGCCUUUUUGAUCAGCUAUUAUUAAACCAGUGGGCUAGUUUAUCCUGGCAGAAGACCCUUUUUUGGUAGAAGGGAAAAGGUUUAUUUAUACUUUCCCUUUUUCUUCUGUUAAUACUUACGGUAACAGCAAACCAAGCCUCAUUAAAUGAUUCACUUGAAAUAUAGAGAAGUUGUAAUUUGCUUUUUUUUUUUUUAAAAAAGAGGGGGCUAAAGUAAC